GAUGGCUGAGCUGCUGCUGCUGCUGCUGCUGCUGCCAGCAGCUAGUCUGGCUCAAAGUGGAGAUAGAAGCGCUGACCUGGUUUCUGAAUCCAGAAUCAGCUGCGUGUCUCACAUCAGCACCAAAGAGAACAGUCUGACCUGCAAACUGGUCGGCGGCAGGAACGAGGACGAUGAAGAUGAGGACGACGCUGUGGAGGCCAUGACCGUGUGUUUCAAAAACCCGCUCCAGAAUAGAUUAAAGUGUCCUCAUGUGCGCGGAGACUCCAUCACCUCCACUGAUUUGACGCCUCUGACUCGUCUCAACUUGAACAUCCACUUGAGGAGGGGCGGCACCGUCACACAAACUGUCCAGCUGAAAACAAUCGUUAAACCUCGGAGUCCCGAGGUGUGGAAUGUGACCGUCGACCAGGACUCAAACCAGGCUGUGUUUCACAUUCGGACUCCGUACCACAAGGACUACCUGAAAGUUGAAAAUCAGCUCUUUCAGUUGGUCAUUUGGACCACGGAUAAAAAGAUGAUUGAAAAUGUGUCAUCGUCCGACACGAUGACGAUCAACAUGGAGCACCUUCUUAAAAACCGCCAGUACCACGUCAAAGUGCGAGCAAUACCAGUCGUUUUUCUGACGGGGAGCUGGAGCGAGUGGAGCGACCCUUUUGACUUCUUCAUUCCUGAUGUCCGUGUACGAAACCACAAGAGUGAGGAGUUUGUGCGAAGUAUGAUCGCGUGUUUCGUCCCUUUGGGCGUGCUGGCGAUAUUCUCUGUUUUCUUCUGGAAAAAAAUCUUUCCUUACAUAUGGCCCAAGAUUCUACAUCCUAAACCCAUACUGGUGCAGAACUGCAAAGCUAAUAAAACUUCUCUGCUACUCAACCUAAAACCUGAGGAGUUCAGCGCUCUUAAAAUCUACCCGGCGGUGGAUAAAGACGAGCAAGAACCGGUCAAGGGUCUUAGAAAUGGGAAUGACCCCUGUUCCACACAAAGCUCUGACUGCAGCGCCGACACAGAGGUACUGGAGCUUUCCAUUCUGCUCAGCAGCAGCUCGUCUGAUGGAAACAACAGCCUUCAGAGCUCCGACUCGCUGCUGGUGGAGGCUCCUGAUGCGACACAUGGCAGUGGAGUAAAUCAAAAGGAGGAGGAUUACGUCACCAUGUCCAGUUUCUACCAAAUCAAGUAGGUUAAAAGUUGGAGGAGCUAGGAUCUAUUACCCAUCCAAAGGGUUUCUGUUGGUUCUGUGUCAUCAAGAGACACCACCACUGUCUAUCAUCAGUGUAACUGUGGAAACUGAGGCCCUGUAUCCUAAUAACAUCCCCAAGAGGCAGCGUGUAAAGAUGAAAAAUACCGAACAAUUAGCCUUUCCUGAGGAACAUGUAUCCAUACUUACAUAAAAACAUCUGUCUGUGAGAUAAGAGCAGAACCAGGUAGAAACAGUACCAGAGAGGCCGACCAGAUGUCUAAGUCGAUUUGAUAAAAUGCCUCAAUCUUAGGUAUCAAAAGCGGCCCUUAGAUCCAGCAGAAAUAACACGGUGAGAUUAUCUAAAUUCCACCUGAUUUAAAAUCUUUAAAAGUGCUGUCAUCCUUACACUUCUUUUGGCAACACGACCAUGUCAACGUUUAUUCCAGCAAUGGUUGUAAGGCUAAACUGUAGUGUAAAUUUCAAACUCAGAUAGGGAACAGAAAAGGUCGUUCUUGGGUCUGUCCGAUGUCGACUCUGUGUAAAUGUACUUUUAACUGGUCCAUAUCUGGUACAAUUGUCUUAACAUUAACUGAACACCCCAAAACAUAUGUAAACAACUACCUUCUGGCACAGAAACAUACAAGAUGUACGUGGCAGGAAAGAUCUAGGACAAUUUUUUUCCACCCCUGGAAGUAAUCUUUCUGAAAGUCUUACGCGCUGCCCCGGAAUCCCUCUGUCACGCCUUCAUGCACUCUGGAAGGAUCCUUCCGUGGUCUUCCACCACCUUCUGAAUGUCAUACAUUUCUUCAAAGUGGGUCCCCUUGAUGACUCCCUUGAAGUUGGAAUGAAAAGACCACUUGGACCUAGGUCGGGUGAGUAGGCCACGGCGAAGCAGUCACCAGUUGAUUCUGCUACAACUCUCGCUUCUUCUCCGGCCCUAGAAGAAGCAAACUGCGCAGAAUCUCCUCGUAGUCAUGAUGCCGAUUGAUCAUUAAGUCCUUUGGCAAGAACUCAGAGUGGACGAUGGCCCGUCACAUCGAAGAAUGCGAUCAGCAUAAACAGUUGUGGAAUUUUGCCAUACCAUUAGACCGUGACAACAUGGGGAACACGUUACAUACUGUUUAGUGUAUGCCCAGAACAAAUUGAAAAAUGCCCCAUGCUUGGGUUGUUUUAGGCUUUUGGAACCGUCCAAAGCACAAAAAGGAUAAAGGUUUAUUCAGAGUUCUUCGAGAGGUAAUUAAGAAGGGCAAAAGAGUGCAAUAUUUCACGAAACAGGGACGAUGGAGCACUCCAGUCCAAGGGAGCAGAGUCGAAGAACGCACAAGUUUACAGUGAUCACUUCGUUAAAGGUUUUGUUUGACAUACUUAACGUUUAGUAUUUCCCAUUGAAGUAUUAUCUUGAUAUUAUUCAUAUUUAAAAAAAAAACUGCAACAGGUAUUUAAGGCUAUAUAGUGCUACAGUUUGUUUGUUUGUUUGCAAGGACGCGUCCUCGCAAGACUCAAAGUUAAAUCAAGAAUUGCAACUUUACCCGAGCAAAAACAAUGCGCAAUCACCCGGGAGAGUCUUGAUACCAAUUUCCUCGACCCAGCCACACACAAAUAAGUUGUAGAUCUCCAUGAUUUUCCAGGCUUUCAUUUGUUUUGCUGUGUAGAAUGACGUCUGGAGCACCACAUGUCCGGGAACUACCGAAGGAUAAUCCUUGCGAUCACUGUAAAAUUGCAUAGUUAGAUUUGUUGCUCAAAUCUGCUUUUAGCGGUAGGAUCUAGACCCCUUUGCGUGCUCCGAUAGUUCGCACGAGCCAUGCUGGUUUGGUGGCCCCCCCACUUCGAAGUAAACAUGUCAAGAAAAAGUCACGUUACUGAAUACAAAUAAUUAUAAGGCAGGUUUAAUUUAAUGGCCGGCACUUUGUGUAAUGGUCCUUAAAACUUCAAGACUUAGCUUUAGUGUAGGUCUGCAGCUAUCGAUGGGUUAAAUAAUUGAUUAAUCUAUCGAUUAGUUUGUUGGAUUAACCGCGUAAUCGGAUAAAACACACUUUAUAGCUUGAAUGCGUAUUUUAGGGAAAAUAGUUUAAAUAAACAAGCACCCACACACCAUCGCUCUUAUGAGCGCUUUAUGGCACCAAUUGUGCGUCAGACCAGCUCUUCCUACCAGGGAAUCUAAGUUACUGGUCAAUCCCAAAUUCUUUCGAUGACAUAUAUGCUGAGUAAGAGGGACCAUCAAGACAGAAUUGGAAUAUUUUCAAGUUUUGCUGAAAUUUUCAGGAGAUCAGCUUAACCAAUACAUUCAUAUCGGCUACUCUAGUUGAUCUGGCAUUCCAACGGAAAAGCCAACUCCUUUGCACACAAAGAAAACCCCCAUCUCUCCCUUGCAACACUGAGAAGGAACCAGUGGGGGAUGUCUUCACAUUCCAAAGUUAAGACACAAAACAAACCUCUGAACACAAGAGAAAGUAAUAGAAUGUACAAAAGAAAAGUACUACAUUCACUAAACAUGGUUAUGUAGAAAGA